UGUUUGUGUGCGCGAGGAUGGUUACGCGCGGAGCGUACGGCGACGGCUGUAAGAUUUAGGGUUUGAUACUUUCGGUGCCCGCGAAAGGGGUGAGAGGGUGAGCGAGAGGGGUUCGCAUGAGUCCGGACGCGUGGAGUGGCGCGUGACGCGAUGAACGCAACGAGCCUGUACGUGUCGACGUGUCGGCUGGUGCUGCAGGCGGACGCCGAGGACCCCAACUCCUGGACGGAUCUCUAUCGGCUGGUGCCGUAUCUGCGGCAGAGCCUCAGCUGCACCGUCUGCUCGAACCUGCUCAUCGAGCCGCACACGCCGACCGAGACCAACUGUCAACAUCACGUGUGCCGCGGCUGUCGCGGCGGCCGCAAGAAGCUCAAGCCGUCGUGCGGCUGGUGCAAGGACUACGACAAAUACGUGGAGAACGUUCAGCUCCGGAUACUGUUGCAGUGCUACAAGAAGCUGUGCGAGUACCUAACCAGCACCAACAUCUACCGCACCCUGCUGCUCACCGUCACGUCCGCGGGCAACGCUACCACCAAUGGCGCGCCGUCCACCAUCGGUGCUACCAGUCUGAUGGAGCUUAUUCAGGAGGGUGCCGGCUUUAAGGACGAGUUCAAGAGCAACGCCGGCCUGUCCAAAUCCGCGUACAGUAUCCUACCGUGUGUUUAUACCAGCACUACCUCCACUCAGACGCAGGGGAAUAGCAUUCAGACCACUGAGGCAAUAUCCCAAAGUAUACCUGAAUCGCCAACGAUUCGUACGGUAUCAAAUGGCUCCUCUAUAUAUUCCGUGAUGUACGCUGGGUCUGGUAAUAAAAUUACUAUAAAACGCAAAGCGGCAGCUACAGAGGACACGGAAAACACGGGGCAGCAGGAGACAGAUGGAAGUCAGCACGGCUCUGUAGGAGGGGUAAAAUGCAUUCCGUCUUCCCACCUUAAAUAUGGGACCCCUUCUGAGAAAAAAUCUUCAAAGAGCAGCAAACAGUCUUCGGGCAGUUUUAAAAAGCCAAGGUCAAGCUCCGCUAGAAGUAAAAGAAAAGGAUGCAGAUGUGGUAAUGCCACCGCAAUACCUGGGAAACUUACCUGCUGCGGUCAAAGAUGUCCUUGUUACGUCGAAAGUAAACCUUGCGUGGAGUGUAGAUGUAGAGGUUGCAGAAAUCCUCAUACGGCAGAUGGAUUAAAGAUCCGUCCACAUAUACCUGAACUUCAUAAUUUGCAAUUACAAUUAUCCACUUCGUUGGAUUGCGACGCGUUAAGUGGAGAUCCUCUGGGAUCUGUGCCGCAGUGUCUCUCGACGUCUCCUACAACGAUACAAGUGUUAAAUGUGUAUUCUACUCCGAGACUAGACAUCGACAAUGUACCGCAGAACUUGCCUGCUGCCUUGUUAGUUGGGGAGGACGCUAUCGUGAGUACUGAAAGUGAAGCGGAAGAUAGUGAUAUACAAAUCGACGUGUGACAAAGUAUUUAAAUAAACGGACAUCACGGAGAACCGGUACCAGUGAUUAUCGAAAUGUGACGAGUGCGUGUUUCUCAACAGGGAGAAACAACGCGCCAUGUAAAUAGCUCAAUUAGAACCAUUACAAGGAUCAAAAAUAUAUAAUUACGAAUUCGCAAGGGUAAAUUAAUUUAGAGAAAUAUAUCGUACAUAUAAAGAAUGACAAUUUAUAUAUGGUUUACUAUUCGAAUUUAUAAAUAUUUCAAUACGAAAAAUGCAGAUAUUUAAUUGGAUGCUUAAUCAUGAUGACAGUCAAUUUUGUCUGUAAAGUUCAUCACUGUUAUGAUUUAGCAUGUAUUAUUUUGUUACAAAUCAUGUGUUAUAUGCGUUAGAGCUUCUAAAAUUACGCGAACGCUCGUAAAACCUCAACCUGAACAGUGUUCAGUUUAUUGUAUAGUAUAAAAGGCAAGUUUCAUGGAACGUGAAAACUUAUUUCUUAUGUAUUGAUUGACUGUACUGACUGAAUAAUAACGAUUCCAAUAAUUUUAAUAGCA